AUGCAAACCAGUGCAUCAUCUCUUCUUCAGAUCAACACGGCGUGUGAGGAAUACAACCAUAUGCGUAUAUGGUUACAAACACAUGGUACGCCUGUGAAUGUAAUUGAAAUGUCAAUGGCACGAAGAAUGAAGGACUUGGAUAGUAUCACCUUGCAACAGAUUUACUACAAUCGUGCAGACAUAAUUGAGGGAAAGUACUACUGCUUAAGAGGAUUUGUCGCCAAAAAUGACGGCAACAAGAUGUGUAAAAAGUGCAACGAUGUCGUGGAAACAACUCCAAGAUAUAGGUUGGUACUAAAUGUCGUAGAAGCGAACCUCAGUGGCACUAUAACACUUUUCGAAGAUGUCGGGAUGGUUUACGUGGGGUGCUCUAUUGAAGACUACAUUAGAUCUAUUGAGCAUGGAGAAGAAUCGUCUGAUUACUAUCGAGGCUUGAGCUUGCAAUCAACCACUGAAUUCUAA